AUGUCGGUCCACUACAAGAAGGUACCACCGGAAGGAGGCUGGGGUUUGCUGGUCGGAAUCGGAAUGGCUGCCAUGUUCACCGUUUCGCUGGGUUCUCUGCCAUCGUUCGGAUUGAUGUUUGGAGAUUUUUUAACUGCCCUUGGCGAAGAGACGAGUGCAAUUGCACUGAUCACAAGUUGUUUCUUCAGUGCGCUUAGCUUUGCUGGGCUCUUCACGAAUACGCUCAUGAAGAAAACAUCCUGCCGGACGGUUGGAUUACUUGGAGCUGGCCUGUAUGUGGCCGGUAGCUUCCUGACGGUUUUUGUGACGUCGACCAAUGAACUGCUGGUAUCAUUUAGUAUCUUCCAAGGAGCUGGAUUUGGUCUGAUGAUUCCCGUUUCGUACACUACAUUCAACGCUUAUUUUGUGGAAAAGCGCGUGGUUAUGAUGAGCGUCUCGCAAACCUUAAUAGGAUUGGGUACGAUGUUUUAUCCGAUCUUCAUUCAGAAAACAAUGGAAGCCUAUGGCUUCCGGGGUUGCAUGGCAGUUCUGGCGGCAGUUAACAGUCACACAUUGGUCGCGAUGUUGGUAAUGCAUCCCGUAGAAUGGCACAUGAAAAAAGUGGAACUUGAAGCUGAAGAAAUUCAAAUCACAGAAAAACCUAUAGUUGUAACUCCAGCCGACAGCAUGGUGCAUGACGCAAAAUUACUAAGGAUAAAGGAAACCAAUCGAUCUCGAAGAGCAUCCUCGAUUCCUGGCCUUGGCAACUGGUCCGGUCCGGUGGUCGUGAGUGACUCAACUGAACGGGACAAAAAACCAUCCACAAAGUGGCAGGUUCUGGUGGACUUUCUGGAUCUUACGCUCCUUAAGGAUCCCAUUUAUGUGAAUAUAGUGCUUGGAAUUUCGUUCGCGCUCUACUCGGAUCUAGCAUUUUUCACACUGCAACCGAUGUACUUAUUCAUGAUUGGAUUUACCAAACCGGACGUUUCUCUAAUCAUUGCCAUCGGGGCCGGAGCGGAUCUGCUAUCGCGCGUUUUUCUGGCCAUUUCCAGCACAUGUUUAAACAUUAAGGCUCGCUACGUUUAUCUGGCCGGGGCGCUUUUCACCAUCAUGGCACGUUUCGCAUUUUUGUUCGUUUACGAUUUUCACGGCAUGGCUAUCAUAACAGCCAUAAUGGGAUUCCUGCGAACCUGGAUACAUGUUCCGUUGCCGUUGGUAUUUUCCGAACAUCUACCCCAAAAACGAUUUCCUUCCGGCUACGGUUUGUUUAUGUUUCUGCAGGGCAAUAUUACGUUUGCAGUAGGACCGAUAGUCGGCUACAUCCGUGAUGUGACCGGAAGCUACUCGAUAUCGUUUCAUUGUCUUACACUGUUCAUGGCACUGUGCGUGAUUCCGUGGCUGUUCGAGAUUGUUUACUACUGGCUAAAGGCAAGGGCCCUGAAGAACGCCGUACCGAAAGCUGCAGCCGUGGACAUUCGUCUGGAAUCGAUGGACUGA